CCAUAUGGGUGCGGCGAAACAUCAAAAGUAACAGAAUGGUACCAAACCCUCAACUACACCGUUGGCUGGUGGGAUUAUCAUCCCGAUAAAAACAAUGACUUUUACACCCUAUGGUUCAAGGUACCUGCUGGUUCGACGAUUGAAGUGGUCUUUGAUAAUUACACCAAAAAUUUGGCUCUUGACGGAUGCGUCUACGCUGUGUAUACGCACAACAUCGUUCCUAUAAUUCCUUGCAGCAGAGUUUACGAGGCUAACACCAUUUUGCGCUAUCGAACUGGUACUGUUUAUAUUAUACGUCGAGCUUUUGAAAUUGUACUGAAAUGA